ACUGACUGAACAGCUCGCAGUUGCUGUCAAUACGCUCUGUGCUGGUAUGUCGGCUGAAAGGGCCAGUAACAUCGUUAUAUUUUCGAGUGUUUACAUUGGAAAGGGUGAAAAUUGUGCGUCGAGUCGGCCUAUGUUUAGUUCAGAUGGAUUUGGUAGCAGAAGUCGACAGAAAAAAGGAUUCGUCGAGUCCGCCAUGUUUUGAUCAAGCAAAGAAGUCGACAUAGAAAUCGUAUAUUUUAUUUCAGGGCAAAUCGUUUAUCCGCAUUGUUUACUUGCUAAAUAUAUGCAUUGUAAGUUCUAAUAAUAUAAACCGAACAAAAUAAGUUUGUUUUGGAACAUUGAUUUGUUUUGUAAUGCAUCAUUGCGUCUUCAGCUAAGCGUGAAAUUUGCUUUUGUUCAUGAAUAAAUGUUGCGCAAUCAUGACGUCACGGUCUCGUGUCAUGAAUCUCAGUGCGCAUGCGCGAAACGCAGGAGCGCGUCUUGUUUACCGCUCUGGCUGUUACUUUUCGAUUCGACUGGGUGAUGGCUUCAGAUAAUAAUAGAAAAUGGCAGUAUUCAAGGGAAGAUUUAGACCAAACUCCCAGUCGAAAAGAUGGUAUAGAUGCAGAUAAAGAGCUUGGUUAUCGUCAACAAGCGGCAAAUUUAAUACAAGACAUGGGACAACGACUUUCAGUUAAUCAACUUACCAUCAACACUGCGAUUGUAUAUAUGCACAGAUUUUAUGUUUACCACUCCUUUACUGUAUUUUCACGUUACGCUAUCGCCCCAACUGCGCUUUUUUUGGCUGCUAAAGUGGAAGAACAACCCAAAAAGUUGGAGCAUGUUCUUAAGGUUGUGUGAUUGUAUAAGUAUGCAAAUAUUAUUGGGUGUCCCAAAAUUACCGGUACCAAAAAAGAAACGUUGUUCGCCUAAUGAUUUGUUAUGUCUGCCUCCACCCUGAUAAACCACACCUCGACACCCACAGCGACAGCUAUCUCAAGCAGGCACAGGAGCUUGUUCAAAAUGAGCUUGUGCUUCUUCAAACUUUAGGUUUCGAUAUUUCGGUAGAUCACCCUCACACACAUGUUGUGAAAUGUACUCAACUUGUGAAAGCAAGCCGUGAUUUGUCACAGAUGGCUUACUUCAUGGCAACCAACAGUUUGCAUCUUACCACCUUCUGUUUGCUCUACAAACCAACUGUAGUGGCAGCCAUGUGCAUACACCUCUCUUGCAAAUGGUCCAAAUACGAAAUCCCGUUAUCCAAUGAUGGUAAAGCGUAUUGGACUUACAUGGAUCCAAUUAUAACCGAACCUUUACUCGAUACAAUCAUUGAAGAAUUUUUAAAGAUUCUGAACCGUUGCCCAACGAGACUGCGCAAGUUAAAAAAUUACAAGCCUUCAUUAACGGCAUCAAGCUCAAACAAAGAAACUUACGAGUUCUCUGAAAAAGAUGUGAAACACCAUCCAUCAUCUAACACACCAGUAUCUGCAGCAGGUGAAAAACCAGAGAACAAUCAUCCACCACCUAAACUAAAAGAGAAGAAGCCAGCAAUGUCACUCCAGGAAUACAAACGAACUCACCCAAACACACGAGUCCCCACCAAACCAGCUCCACCUACUCAACCAGUCCACUCAUCAUCUGGUCACACAAAGCCAGUGGAGAGUCGUAACAAUCAAAACCCAAUGGACCCCAGUCGUUCCACCCUACCUCAAUCCCGACCUCACCCACACCAACAACCUCACCCUUCAAGUCGUGCCCCACCCCAGAAACCAGACUUGAAUCGAAGCCACAACAGACCUACAGCACACCCAGAAGCUCACCGUAACAUGAUGAAGCCACAACAGCCGCCAAAUGAGAAAAAACCUGACCAGAGUAAAGGCUGGCAUCAAGCUCCACAUUCCCAACAGCCUAAACAACCAAAACCGGAACCAUCUAGCACACCUGAUGACCUGGCUGCUGUAAAUAAGGACCUGGAAGGCCGGAUUCGCACGGAAAAGCUCAAGCAAAGAGCCGCACCAGAAUCCCACCACAAUAGAUCUGCCACACAUUCUGGGGUAACAAGUUCCGGUAGGCAUUUGCCCAAAGAUGCACAAGAAGCCCGGCGGCACCACAGUGAGAAGACGCAUGCUGCACACAGCCAUUCACAAAAGGAGUCGAAAGCUCUUGAUUACAAGGCGAUGUGUGAACUAUACAAGCGCAACCCUGAGAAGCUGCACCACUACCUCAAACAAAAAGCUGCAGCCGUUGCUCUCUCAACCGAAGAGAAAAAUCUGCUGGGCAAACUGCGAGCAAAAGAAGAGGAACGGCGGAAACGAAAGCAGGCAGAAGCUGCACUUAAACAUCAACAGCAGAAGAGCACACGUCCUCCACCUCCCCCGCCUCCAGCAGCAGCCACAGCAGCAUCAUCAGAAGCUUCCGUUGCUCCUCUAAGGAUCAAACUUUCAUCUUCGGAUGGCCAGUUAAACACAUCUGUUGCGAAGAUUGUGGGUUCAAGCUCUGGUUCUGGCUCUGAAGUUUCACCCGUUCGAGCAAGAAAACGUGGCCACUUAGACAGCGGGGGGCAAGUGGAGCACUCAGCUGCCAAGCUUUCAAAAAGGGGUCACCACCAUCAUCACAGUGGUAAUGGUUCCAGUAGCGGAGGAUCGAAACAUAAGCACCAUCAUCAACACAGACACCAUUCCAAAAGCUCGAAAAAGCACAGCGAAAUAUUAAAUGAUGCAAUUUUCCAAAAAUCACUUUCAGAUGCGAUUUCCAAGUCUCACAUGCAGGUGAAGCAGACCAGUGGUAAGAGCAUUCCCACAGUCACCUUAAAGCGUGCAGCCAAUGGAAGCGGUCCCCCGGUUUUUACACCGAUGCCCAACACGGCCAUGUUUGAUCCCUCGGCCCCGAUCCCAAUGUCAAUGCCGGAUGAGAUCUUUGAAGAUGAGGAAGACAGUGGUGCCUUUGUCGCUGGGAGCUUGCCAACUGGAGGUUCUUACGAUUCUGCUCGCUCCAGUCCUGAACCGGGAGAGAUAAACGAGAGCCCACCCCACCGCCCCAAACAGCCAGCAAAAGUCCCUGGCCUCAUGUCCCCGUCAAGCGGUUCGGACACUAAGCUGCACCGUGGUUACGGUUACCAUAGCAACAAUGAAAAGGAUUUUUCAUCUCCACCACCUUUAGUUCAGCGCUCGACUGUAAACUGAUUUAACAUUGCAGCGAUUUUUUUGUUCCCAAAAGGGAAUUAGUUGACUGCAGUUAAUUGUAAGGUAUUUAAGACCACAAAAAACUAUUAACUUAAAAAAUAUAAGAAAACAUUUUAUAUAUUUUGUAAAAACCUCCAACAAAAAAGUAAGACGAAAAAUCAACUAAAAAACGCUUGUAAUGAUACUGUAUGCUUUACUGAGAUUGUAAUUAUAUUAAUCUACAGUAGAAUGCUUGUACUGCCUUACUCAUAAAAAUGUUGUUUUUGUUAAAAAAAGCACAUUUUUCCUACAUCUACUGUUAACGGGCAUUUUUUUCAGUAACCUCAUAACUAUCUCCAAUGCAUGCUUGUAUAUAUGCUUAUGACUGCAGUCAUGACUUUCUUUGUUUCUGGGAUAUUUCGGUUUUGCCUAAAAAGCAGUGCUAUUAGUUAUACUGCGCAAAACGUAAUUUAAAAUAUGGAGAUCUUGUUAUUUUUUGAAAACCAUUUGUCAGAGUGACUUGCGCCGCUACUUUUUGUGCCCCCUGUACAUUGCAGAUUCCUUUUCUCUUCCGUUUUUGAAGGCUCAUUGUGUUAAGAUUGCAUUUUGCAUUCGAUCGCCAAGCACGUUCGAACUCCUCUGUUGGAUUCCAUUUUCGUUCUUUUGCUUUCUAAGUUGGGUUGCGACCAAUGAAUGCGUUGUUCUGAUGUACACACGCGACACGCUACAUAUGUCCAUAGGCAAUUGCAAAGAUAUGAAUAAAAUUUGCGUCUGAAAA